AUGUUACGCGGUUAAUUCCAAAAAAUAUAAAUAAUUAGAAUUAUACUUCUUAAAAUCUAAGUUUUGAAAGCUAGAGACAGGCAAACAGAAAGAUAUAUAAAUAUUAGCUAUUCAAAAUUUUUUGCAAAAAAAUAAUUUAUUUCAAUCAGUACAAAACAGUUUAAAAAAAGGUUUAUCAAUAAAAAGAUAUUAUAAAUGGAAAAGCUUUGGGUAGACGAAAUUAGACCAAAAUCACUUGAUAAGUUAGAUUAUCAUCCUUUGUUAACUGAAAAAUUAUAAAAGCUAGCUCAUUCUGAAGAUUUCCCUCAUUUGUUAUUAUAUGGACCUAAUGGUGCAGGUAAAAAAACAAGAGCUAUGGCUUUCUUGCAAGAAGUUUAUGGAAAUGGUGUGCAUAAAGUCAAAUCUGAAGAAAGAGAAUUUAAAGUUAAUCCAAAUACAAGCACUACAGUUGAAGUUAAUAUAAUUUCAUCUAAUUAUCAUUUAGAUGUCACACCUGCUGAUGCAGAGAAUUAAGAUAGAGCAGUCAUUUAGAAGUUGAUUAAAGAAGUUGCUUCAACACAUUAGUUAGAUCCAAAUUCUCAAAGACGUUUUAAAGUUAUUAUUAUAAACGAAGUAGAUCGUCUUACUCUUGAAGCUUAAGCCUCUCUAAGAAGAACUAUGGAAAAAUAUAUUGGCAGAUGCAGAUUAAUUUUGAUAGCUGAAAAUAUUGGAAGAGUUAUUUUACCACUUAGAAGUAGAUGCCUAUUAAUUAGAGUUGCUGCACCCUCAGAGCAAGAUGUUAAAGCUGUUGUUAGAAAGCUUAAUAAUGAAAAGAAUUUAAAUAUACCUGAUGAUCUAGCUUGCAAAUUCGCAAAAUCAUGUGAUUAUAAUUUAAGAGCAGUCAUUUUAAAUUUGCAAACACAAAAGCUACUCAAAAGUACUUACAACAAUUCUAUGGAGGUAUAAGAGCCUGAAUGGAAGAAAGAAAUUAAAAAUAUCGCAGGAAUUAUCAAAGAGCAUUAAAAUCCAGCAAAGUUAAAAGAAAUUAGAAGUAAAUUUUAUGACUUAUUGGUAAAUUGCAUACCAGGAGAUAUAAUUAUAAAGAAUUUGAUGUACAGUCUUCUUGAUUUAAUUGACCAAAAUGAUGUACAUACUAAAUAAGAAAUCAUAUACUAUGCUGCUCACCAUGAGAAUUUGAUGAAUAUGGGAUCAAAGCCUGUCUUCCACUUAGAAGCAUUUGCUGCAUAGUGCAUGCUAAGCUACAAGAAAUCUAUAUUAAAAUUAAAAGAUUGA